GAGCAUUUGAAAAUUUGCAUACUGCCCAAUACCAGCUCCAGCUGAGAAGCGGUCCCCAUUUAACAGUUUUUUCACAAUUCAAUCUAAUCCCAUCGCGAGGAAAAUUCUUUUUGAGAGGGACAAAUGCAUAAAGGCACACUAAAAAGAAGAAGCUCAUUAUUUAUUUAUUUAUUUAUUUAUUUAAGGUUCUAGGUAGGGCGGGUUUGGUUAUAAGCAGAUAAACCAUCCCAUGGUGGCGAGAGCUGGAGAGAAAUCACAGGCGGAGGCCGACAGCAUCUGCCCUCUGCCGGACGCACUGCGUCAGUAAAAAAUCGAGCAUCGCAUAGGCAGAGGUGGCCAAGUGGGUCCACAAGGAAAAAGAAAAUGGCCGGAGGGGUGGUCGCCGUCGAGGGAGGCACCGGCGACUUUGGCGGCAGUAUUACGGCGUCAGUGGUGGUCACUUGCAUCGUCGCUGCGUCCGGCGGCCUCAUAUUCGGCUAUGACAUCGGUAUUUCAGGUGGCGUGACAACAAUGAAACCAUUUCUUGAGAAGUUCUUCCCCUCCAUACUAAGAAAAGAGGAAGGGGAGAAAACAAACAUAUACUGCAGAUAUGAUAGUCAGGUGUUGACUGCAUUCACAUCUUCACUAUAUAUAGCAGGGCUAGCUGCAUCUCUGGUGGCUGGCCGCCUCACUUCUACUAUGGGUCGUAGAAACAUUAUGGUGCUCGGUGGUUGCACCUUCCUCCUGGGUGCUGCCAUCAAUGCAGCUGCUCAAAAUGUUUUCAUGCUCAUCUUGGGUCGUGUUUUCCUUGGAUUCGGGGUUGGCUUCACCAAUCAGGCAACUCCCGUCUACCUCUCCGAAAUGGCACCGCCCAAGUGGCGUGGCGCGUUCAACACAGGCUUCCAAUUCUUCAUUGGCAUCGGGGUGGUUGCCGCCAAUUGCAUAAACUACGGCGCGGCACGGAUCCGCUGGGGUUGGCGCCUCUCCCUCGGCCUUGCAGUGGUGCCGGCAGCCAUAAUGACAGUGGGUGCUGCCCUGAUCUCCGACACGCCGAGCAGCCUCGUGGAGCGUGGCAAGUUGGCUCAAGCCCGCAAAUCUCUCUGCAAAGCGCGAGGAACUGAAUCGACCGUGGAAGCAGAGCUGGCCGAGCUCAUCAAGUCAAGCGAAGCUGCAAAAGCUGCAAGGCAGGAGCCAUUUGUGACCAUAUUUGAGAAGCAAUACAGGCCCCAUCUGGUGAUGGCCAUUGCCAUACCGUUCUUCCAACAGCUAACUGGGAUAAACAUAAUCGCAUUCUAUGCGCCAGUCCUAUUUCAGUCGGUAGGGUUUGGCAGUGACUCGGCUCUCAUAGCGGCUAUCAUACUUGGGCUCGUCAAUCUCGCAUCCAUCUUGGUGUCUACAGUUAUAGUUGACCGUUACGGUAGGAGAUUUCUAUUCAUGGAAGGUGGGAUCCAGAUGUUCAUAUGUCAGAUUGCAGUGGCAUGCGUGCUAGGGAUGACAACAGGGGUUUCGGGCACGGAGGCCAUCUCCAAGGGCUAUGCUGUGUUAGUGCUAGUUCUAAUGUGCGCAUAUGCUGCUGGUUUCGGGUGGUCGUGGGGGCCUCUAAGCUGGCUCAUUCCCAGCGAAAUAUUUCCUAUGAAGAUCCGCCCCACCGGCCAGAGCAUAAGCGUUGCAGUCAACUUCGCCACCACCUUUGUGCUCUCUCAGACGUUCUUGACGAUGCUCUGUCACUUCAAAUACGGCACCUUCCUUUUCUAUGCUGCCUGGAUCACUGCAAUGACUAUUUUCGUCUUCAUUUUCUUGCCGGAGACGAAGGGAGUCCCUCUUGACUCCAUGUAUUUGGUGUGGGAGGAGCAUUGGUUUUGGCGCAGAUUUGUUCAAGUUUGCCAAUAAAUUUGUCUGUAAAGAUGAAUUCCAUGUCCUAAAAUAAGGACGCGUGGGUGAAACAAAUAUUUGGAUUUGAAUUUAUAAAACAAUGGGCAUAAUUUUCUA